AUGGUCUCCAGUAUAGCUGUCGUACCAGGCACACCGCUAUCGGCUCUCAGCUCCCAAGAUGCUACGACGCUAUCAGUACCUCCGGCCGAGAAACAUCGCCCAAGUGGUAUAACUUUGCUCACUACUCUGUUGACACCGUCAUCUACAAUGGCCGUUCAAUCAUCGUCAUCAUUGCCAGCAGCCACCAGUAGCGCUCCCGUCGUGAUUCCUGGGCAAGGUGGCCUCUCACCAUGCGCUGAGUAUCUGUCCGAUGAACAGGGUUAUGCGCCCGGCACAGAGAACUUUUGCUUUUGCGACGGCAUCAAGGCGCCUAUGCUUGUCAAUACUGUUAGCGGCACCAUAGUGAGCGACUGCAGCUACACCACAAUGCCGUCCUCGGGCUGGACUCCUAUCGUUACCGCAGGGUACUCAUCACCCACACCACCGUCCUCUACACGGCCUCCUUCAACUAAUCCGGCUCCCAGAGCUCCCCCGACACCCAUAAGUCUUGGGCCUAUCUAUAUAUGUAUUCUGAUGUAUAUCUCCAAAAACUUUCCUAUCAAGAACGGAGGGACAAUUCAAUUGAAGAAGAACCAUGAGCUAAUGAUUCAAUCAUGUACAGUGUCAACCACAUCGAAAUGGGAAAAGAUGGCGAGCACGCUACCAGCACGUGCAACUGUAAUGAUGGAAGCCACCCUACUCCCACUCUUACGGCAGGGAGCCGCGCGUGUCCGUCGCAGGUCACCUCCAUUAACAAUUGAUGCGCUCGAUGGUCCGUCCAGUUUACAUGGAGGAAACCUGGACUAA